AUGGAGGGUUUGAACCAUGGAGGGCGUGGGUAUGGGCACGGGCCCGUGCCUGGUUUCGAGCACGGCAAUCCAAAUGGGGGAGCCCGACCGUCGCAAUCGCCCGCGCUGGCCUUUUCCGGAAUCGAUAUCGACUCGCACAUGAUGUCCGAUGAUUUGUCUUUUGGCUCCCCCUUCAGCCCGGCCGACUCGACCGCCAACUCCAAGACUCACGACGGCAUGCUCUCGGAUGCCAUCUUCCCCGAGUGGAAGACCGGUGCCCCACGAGGGAACGACAAUCCGGAUGAGCUGCAGAAGAGCGAUCCCUUGGCCGCUCAGAUCUGGAAGCUAUACACGCGGACGAAAUCCCAGCUCCCGAACCAAGAACGUAUGGAGAACUUGACAUGGCGCAUGAUGGCCAUGAGUUUGAGACGCAAGGAACGGGAACAAGCCCGGGCAUCACAACUCCAAAAAGACAGCACAAGUCCCAACGCUAGCGGACUUUCGCAAUUGCAUCUGUCCGAGCAGGUAUCCACUUCCUCAUCGGACCCUCACGCCGACAUGAACAUGGACGCAACCUCCGACGCCAUGAAUAUCGAUGAUUUCAUUAUUCCCUUCGAUUCCCCUUCCGACUACAGCUCUCACCACCCCGCGGCCGACCGGCACUUCAAUGCAACCCCCACCGCCUCGAUUCCCAUCAAGACUCGCAAAGACCACCCGGUCCACGACACGACAGUAGCCGCCUCGUUCCCUCACCCACCGCCGGAUCAGCGCAACAACAGCGAGUUUGGGUACGUUCCUCGAAGAGUGCGUAAGACCAGUAUCGAUGAGCGACAGUUCUUCUCCGGGUUGGGCGCUCCGACCAGGAAACGUCCCGCCGACGCCUCGCCCCAGGUGCCUCCGGUAUCCAACACUGCGCUGGCGCACCACUCAAACCUGUCUACCACCCUACCCGACUACUCAUUGGAUCAUCCACCGCCCGCCUUUGCAAUGCCCGGGAAUGGGACUGUCGGGGGCCGCCGUCCGCAGCACCAUCACACUUCCAGCGUUCCCUUCAAUCUGGACACUCUGGGCGUGGGUGAUGAUCACGGUAUUCACUCGGCGGGGCCGUACCAGCAGCACUUCACAUUCUCCCCUUCCGAGUCUCCCAUGACCUCGGGCCAUCCAUUCUCCAACAUGUAUGCACAAACGCCAUUAGCCUCCUCUCUGAACUCCAACGAGUUCUUCUCCCCGCCUCCUUCGGGUUAUCAGUCCACCGUGUCGACUCCACAGCCAAUCUACGAGGGCGAACAAUCGUUGUUCUUUAAUGACGUGCCCUCGACGGAUUCGCACGCCCAGCGCCGCAUUCCAAACUAUCUGCAGCAGCGAACUUCAAACCUAUCGGCGUCUCUGCAACCGCGUCACAUGUUCAACUCGAACACUGCGACCUCCACCAGUGACUUUUCAGCUCCAAGCUCCGUCCCGAUUGCGCCCACCCCGAUGCACUCGUCCGGAUUCUCCGUCCCGCAGCCUCAGCACGUGAACCCACACCAGGUGCUUGGAGCAAGCGACUUCUCAUCGACCGCUCCGACCAACAGUAUGUUUACGUUCGGGGGAGAUUCCGACAAUGAAGAUGACGAUGGCCCAUCGUACGGGCGGGGAGGAAUUGCCAUGCCCAACGACUACUCUCCCAUGGACGAGGGCGAUCUCAAUUCGGGUCUGAACUGGGACAGCGGAUUUUCCGGCUCAGUGCAAUCCUUGCCCGGCUUCAGUGGGCUGCAUCGCAAGCAAGUCACUAUUGGAUCAAUUGACGUGAUGGAAAGCCCCUCUGAUUGGCAGCAUGGCAGCAGCCUGAUGGGCCGCGGUCACGGUUCCGCUGCGUCCGUGAGCGACGUUCGAAAUCGCGACAUGGAUCCUCGGCGCCAGAAGAUUGCCAGAACGGUCUCCACCCCUAACGCGCAGGCUCUGUUACGACAGAGCAUGAACGGAAUGACCAGUAAUCCGCCAACCAACCAUCCUUCCCCCAGCACGCCUCCAGAGUCUGGUCUGAGCAGUGCAGUGCCGUCACGUCCAGGUAGUCCCGGGGGCUCUAGAAAUGGAGAUCCCAACGCGGGGCCAACGACCUGCACCAACUGUUUUACCCAGACGACUCCCUUGUGGCGCCGUAAUCCCGAAGGCCAGCCGCUGUGCAAUGCCUGCGGUCUCUUCUUGAAGCUUCACGGUGUGGUCCGUCCCUUGUCGCUCAAGACCGACGUGAUCAAGAAGCGCAACCGCAGCAGCGCCAAUUCUCUGGCGGUGGGCACCUCCCGUGGCUCGAAGAAAUCCUCUCGAAAAAACUCCAUCCAGCAGGCGCCAUCCAACUUGAUUGCUUCUCGUACCCCCAACGGCAACUCCUCGGAGUCUCCUCCCGCCAUUGGUGGCUCCAACACAAUGGGCAAACCUGGCGUGGUCCCCAUUGCUGCCGCUCCACCCAAGGCGGGCCCUCCCGCGGGUGUUGCGUCAGCCCGUGCUGGAGUGCAAGUGGCUCCGAGACGGCAGCGCCGUUUGGAGAAGGCCCCAGCCGGUUCUGAUCCGGACGGUGAAGACAGUCCCCGAGCCAACACUUCCGCGGGUCGGUCGAAAGUAGUGCCUUUGGCACCUGCUAUGCCUCCGGCGGCUGCCAACCCGGCUAAUCACAGUAUUGCCGGUGGCCAGGGCGCCAGUCAGGAGUGGGAGUGGCUCACUAUGAGUCUAUAG